AGACGCCCCCUAGUGUUCAGAUUGUACCACAGUUUCGUUUCUGAGGAAACCUUCAUGACGUGAAUAAAUACCAGUCCAGCUCGAGGCUGCUCACAACAGAGGAAAAACCAUGGACCGUGUGACAAGUGCAGCAGUUGGAGCAGCAGGGGCUCAGGGUAGCACCCCUAAAGCUCUGGGGGCCGCAGGUUUCACCUCAGGUGGAAUUGCAGCAGGCUCCACGGCUGCUAAAAUGAUGUCGGCUUCUGCAGUGGCUAGCGGAGGUAGAGUGGGAGCCGGAAGUCUGGUGUCUGCUUGUCAAUCAAAAGGUGCGUCUGGUGCGUCAAAGGGCAAAAAGUGAAGCUGCCAAUGAUGGAGCAGCUAGGGGUGGUUGGAAAGCCUCUUUUUCUGAAUAAUCAACAAUUGGUUAUCCUGUUAAUCUAAUGAAGCAAGUGAUGAAGCAGCAUGUUUAUGUUCUGAAAUGUUUGGAAAGUUGUCUGGUUUGCAGUUACCUGACAUGAUGUUUCAUUGUUUGAAUCUUACAUCUCUGAAAAUAAAAGCAACCGAGUUAAAACACA